AUGGCAUCUGGUCUAAUAAUAAAUGACAUAGAAAUGGAUUAUUUCGGUUCGGGAUUAGACUUUUUAGCGACAAGUGGUGUCAAUGCAUGCAUAAGUCUUCUUGUGAUAACUGACCAUAGUCAACAUUCAUUUGUUGAACAUCGAAGUCCAACUAGAGUACCAUCUGUUAUCGAUUUGGAUACUGUUCGUGCAUGGCUUCAAGAUGUUGCUGAACAUGUGUCUUUCGCAUUACCAACAUCAACUAUAACAAGAGCUGUACCGGAACCGACUCAGAUUUCAACGGAUCCAGUCGCCGGAAUGAUCGACCUGGGCUCUUCUAUUGCAACUGGUCUCUUGGCAAAAGCAAAAGUUCUCAAGAGGCAGCAAACAUCAUUUAAAUCUUUUGAUCAAAAAAUAAAUCAGAAUAUUGAACCAUCAAAUGACGAAUCCGAUGAUUAUGACGACAAUGAAGGCCUUUUAUUUUCAUAUGGACAAGAAGGUCGACAAGCUGUUCUGGCAAGUGAUUAUAGUUUUGGUCAAUUUCGAUAUCUUGAAAGAUUGUUACUUGUGCAUGGACGUUGGUCAUACUUGCGAAUUUCGAAGUUUUUACGCUACUUUUUCUAUAAAAAUUUUGCCUUUACAUUGUGCCACUUUUGGUUUGGAUUCUUUUCGGGCUUUUCUGCUCAGACAUUAUAUGAUCCAUUCUUUGUGGCAACAUAUAACGUUUUCUUCUCGUCAUUGCCCGUUCUAGCACUAGGUGUUUUCGAUCAGGAUGUUAGUGCUGAUCAUUCAAUGAGUAAACCUCCUCUAUACACACCUGGUCAAAACAAUGAAUUUUUCAAUAAGAAAAUCUUCGCUGAAAGUGUCAUACAUGGAAUCUUAACUUCAUGUAUCAUUUUCUUCGUGCCAUACUUAUCCGUUUCGAACAGUACACGACCAGGUGGCAUGACUCAAGCUGAUCUACAAUCAUUUGGUUUUAUGGUUGCCACAAUAAUGGUCAUCGUCGUCAACUUAGAAAACGCACUUGAAACAUGGUAUUGGACUGGUCUUUAUCAUUUCGUGCUUUGGGGUACUAUUGUUGUACAUUUCUUGUUUCAUUUUGUAUUGUAUUCGACCAUUAUCUAUCAAAUCUUUAACACAAACUAUGGAUAUGUUGGGGUAGCACAAGCAGUGCUGUCCACGGGCAAUUUUUGGUUUACAUUAUUCUUAACAUGUACAAUAUUAUUAUUACCCGUGUUUUGCCGAGAAUUCUUUCGUAUGCGAUUCAUGCCGACGAAAACCGAUCGUGCACGAUUGAAUCAGAAGUUCCGUACGGAAGAGAAAGCAGCGUUCGUUGCACAUAUUCAACAGAAACUCCGUCAAAGUAAACGAUCAAUUCGAUCUGGUUAUGCUUUCUCACAACAACAAGGUUGGGGCCCGUUGAUCACAUCCGGCCGUAUGCAAUCGAAAUCUGCGACACGUAAUCGUCAACAACAGCAACCGCAAUCUCAAAACCAAAAUAAUAAUUUGAAGAAUAGAGUUCACCCAAGUCCGAACAAUAACGUACGAUCAGACAUUGAUAAAAGUAAUAAACCAUUCAACUACGAGAAUGAUCUGUUAUAUCCAAAUCAAUAUUUCUUAAAAACCGAAAAACGCAUAUGA